GAUGUGCUGGUCUGUGCAGAGGCUGCUCCUGACACUCUUCCCUCGCCCUGCCUGGCUCUCCACACUCACUGGGGUCCCUUUGUGACCACUCGGGGAGACUCUUUUGGACCAGAGUAGUUCCAGAGACCCUUGGCCACCAGUGUGUCUGGCUUGUGUCCACUCACCUCAUGCUCUCCAUGUGUCUGUAAGGCUUCACUCCUCGCCCGCCAGGAGUACUCAGAAUCACAACGUCAUCGCCCGAGUCCAGCUACCUGUGUCACCAUGGCCAUUUCGUCACGCCUUGCCCUGUGGGAGCAGAAGAUUCGAGAAGAGGACAAGAGUCCUCCUCCAUCCUCCCCGCCUCCCUUGUUCUCCGUCAUCCCUGGGGGCUUCAUCAAGCAGCUGGUUCGAGAGACAGAGAAAGAGUCCAAAGAAGCCAGGAGGAGGAAGGCGGCGGCAUUCACCGCCCCAGAAGUAGAGAUCCCAGCAGUUACCACUAACCAAACCAACAAGACCAACAAUGUCCCCAAGCCUGAAAGCCAGCAGACUUCCCAGGACAGCUCAUCCACCACUCAGAACAGCACAGACAUUCCAGGAAAGGAGCCCCCAGGGGCUGGUGACAAGGACUCCACACCUGUGACCAGCACCAGUGGGGAGAGACCUCAGGAGUCAGGUCCCACAGGAACACCCGCCAAAAGGACACUGCCCUUCAAGAGGGGCGUGAGGAGGGGCGAUGUGCUGCUGAUGGUGGCCAAGCUGGAUCCAGAGUUGGCCAAGGCAGAGCAGAAGGUCCAACUUCAUGAUGUCCCCAUGGACAAGACCCCAACUCCAGCCAAAGAUUCUGGAGGGACAAAGAAAGGGGUGACCACGGGGACUUCCUCUGCCCCCCAGCCUUCUAUGUCUGAGAAGACCAGGACUAGGGGAGUUGGAGAUACAGGCCAAAGCACAAAGGGUGGGAAAUGUCAGGGCACAGAGGGAAAGGGGAGCCGGGACCCCCAGACCAACAGGCAAAAAGAAGGUGAGUCUCAGAGCACAGAGGAGCAAGGGACCAGGUCCCAAGCUCAGGAGGCAGGAAACAAGGAGCAACUGGGAACAGCUAAGAAAGAAGGAGGGGGUCCCCCAAAGAAGAUGGUAAAAGAGGAUGGACCCAAGGUUGCAGGGGCUGAAGUCAGACCUGUGGAGCCCCCAGUCCCGCUAAGGAAGUGGGGAGGUUUCUUGGGUCGGAGAAGCAAGUGGGACAGUCCUCAGAGCAAGGACAGAAUAACAGAGUCACAUCAUAAGGAUGAGAAGACUGGCGACUUGCAAAACCCAGCGGUAGACAGGAGCUGUGGGCAGCUAGCAGAGCCCACAGGGCAGCCAUCGGGGCCUACGGGGCAGCCAUCGGACUCCACGGAGCAGCCAGCAGGGCCCACGGGACAGCCAGCAGGGCCCACGGGACAGCAGCAGGAGGCUCCAGUGAAGAUGGAAGGAAAGGUGGGGAAACCUCAGAAAAAGCUGGUGACACCAAGGAAACCCCGAGAGCUCCCUGGGGUGGCAGCGAAGACUCAGAAUCCUGAGGAAAGCUGCAAGGCCCCGGAUAGGAUUCCUACAACGGGGAUAUCAGCAGAGGCUGCAAAGAGGGACGGCCAGCCAGAGAGCAGGGUGCAGGGAGCCGGGGAGCCCCAUGUGUGCACAGAGGAAGAAGUGGAUAUGGUGAAGCCUCAGGCAGAAGGUCACGUAGAGUUCGUUCCUGAGGUUGGCACGGAAAGGCUUUCUACGUUGAGGCCUAUGGAGGAGAAGCAGAUCCUGCAGGACCCGGAUAGAGGGGGCCAGAGUGGAGACUCGGACCAGGCUUAUGAGGAUAGAUGGUACGAGGCACAGAAAGUCUGGCUGGUGCAGAAGGAUGGGUUCAUGCUUGCAACGGUGCUUAAACCAGACGAGGGAACAGCUGACCCGCCUGCUGGAAGGGUGCGGCUCUGUAUCGAUGCAGACAGGACUGUCAUUGAAGUGGAUGAGGAACAGGUCCACCCGGCCAACCCCUCUGAGCUGGACCAAGCUGAGGACCUGGCUUCUCUGGUCAGCGUCAACGAGUCAAGCGUCAUGAACACGCUUCUACAGCGCUACCGGGCCCGGCUGCCACACACCUGCUCGGGGCCUGAUCUGAUCGCCCUGCAGCCACAGACAACCACAGUGCCCUCUUCAGGGAAGGUACCCCGUGGUCGGCAGGAUGGCUUGCCUGCCCAUGUAACGUCCCUGGCCCAGCGUGCGUACUGGGCACUGCUUAGCCAGCGGAGAGACCAGAGCAUUGUGGCCCUGGGCCGGAGUGGAGCUGGGAAGACCACCUGCUGUGAGCAGGUUCUGGAACACCUGGUGGGUAUGGCAGGCAGCGUGGACGGCAGGGUGUCAGUGGAGAAGCUCCGGGCCACCUUCACUGUCCUCCGGGCCUUUGGCUGUGUGUCCACCGGCCACAGCCGCAGGGCCACCCGCUUUGCCAUGGUGAUGUCGUUGGACUUCAAUGCCACUGGCCGAGUCACAGCUGCUCAGCUCCAGACAGUGCUUCUGGAGAAUAGCCGUGUGGCCCGGCAGCCGCAAGGGGAAGGGAACUUUGAAGUUUUCUCUCAGCUGCUGGCAGGGCUCGAUGUAGAUCUCAGGACAGAGCUGAACCUGCAUCAGAUGGCAGAGAGCAGUGCCUUCGGCAUGGGCCUGUGGUCCAAGCCUGAAGACAAGCAGAAGGCGGCCGCUGCAUUUUCCCAGCUCCGGGGUGCCAUGGAGCUGCUGGGCAUCUCAGAGGGUGAGCAGCAAGCCAUCUGGCGGGUGCUGGCGGCCAUCUACCACCUGGGUGCAGCAGGGGCGUGCAAAGUGGGCCGGAAGCAGUUCAUGCGGUUUGAGUGGGCCAACCACGCUGCUGAGGCCCUGGGCUGUGACUACGAGGAACUGAACACCGCCACCUUCAAGCACCACCUACGGCAGAUUAUCGAGCAGAUGACGUCAGGGCUGCAGCGCCAGGGCCUACAGGACAACGAGACCUGCUCAGGGCUGAAGAUGACAGGUGUGGAGUGUGUAGAGGGGAUGGCCUCUGGCCUGUACCAAGAACUCUUCGUGGCGGUGGUCUCCCUCAUCAACAGAUCCUUCUCCUCCCACCAUCUGUCUAUGGCUUCCAUCAUGGUGGUUGACACUCCAGGCUUUCAAAAUCCUAGGCACCAGGGCAAGGACCGGGCGGCCACUUUCGAGGAGCUCUGUUACAAUUAUGCCCAGGAACGUCUGCAGCUGCUGUUCUACCACAGGACCUUUGUCUCUACUCUGGAGAGAUACAAAGAGGAAGGCAUUCCCGUGCCCUUUGACCUCCCAGAGUCCUCCCCGGGAACGACAGUGGCUGUAGUGGAUCAGAACCCCUCUCAGGUCCACUUACCAGCUGGAAGAGGUGCUGAGGAUGCUGGGGGCCUCUUCUGGGUCUUAGAUGAAGAAGUCCGGGUGGAAGGCUCCAGUGACAAUGCUGUACUUGAGCGUCUGCGUGCAGCCUUUGAGAAGAAGAAGGAGGCUGGGGCUGAAGAACCCCCCUCCAUGCGCACCUGUGAGCAGCCCCUUCAGUGUGAGCUUUUCCACCAGCUGGGAAGGGACCCUGUGCGCUAUGACCUCACAGGCUGGCUUCGAAGAGCCAAGCCCAAUCUCGCAGCCCUGGAGGCCCCUCAAAUCCUGCAGCAGUCAAAAAGGGAGGAGCUGCAGAGCCUCUUCCAGGCCCGGGCCAAGCUGCCUCCUGUGUGCCAAGCUGUGGCUGGGCUUGAGGGUACCUCCCAGCAGGCUCUGCACCGGAGUCGUGUGGUUCGGAGGGCCUUUGCCAGCAGCCUUGCUGCAGUGAAGAGGAAGGCUCCUUGUGCCCAAAUCAAGCUGCAGAUGGAUGCUCUUAUCAGCUUGCUGAGAAGGUCUCGGCUGCAUUUCAUCCACUGUCUUGUGCCAACCACAGUGGAAAGCAAGGCUGGGCAAAGGACUCCAUCACCAUCACAGCCCAGUGGGGACCAAGGUGUAGCCAACGAAUCCACAGCUCUGGACAUCCCAGCACUGAGGGUUCAGCUCGCAGGCUCUCAUAUCCUGGAGGCAUUACGACUGCACAGGGCAGGUUACGCUGAACACAUGGGGCUCGCUCAGUUCCGCCGUCGGUUCCAGGUGCUGGACCCUGCACUGCUAAAGAAGCUUGACUUGACCUCUGAGGAACUGGAUGAAAGGAAGGUGUGUAAAGUGGUGCUGGAGACUAUCUCAAUGCAGCCACCCAGUUCAGCCCUGGGUUUUUCUCAAGUUUUCCUCAAGGCGGGUGUGGUCUCCAGGCUGGAGAGGCAACGGGAGAAGCUGGUGUCCCGGAAUAUCGUUCUCUUCCAAGCAGCCUGUAGGGGCUUUCUGUCUCGCCAGGAAUAUAAGAAGCUGAAGAUCCGCAGGCUGGCUGCACUGUGUAUCCAGAAGAACCUAGCUGUGUUCCUGAAGGUCAAAGACUGGCCGUGGUGGGGGCUCCUGGCGUCUCUCCGGCCCCUGCUGAGUUCCACGCUCGGCACGGAGCAGCUUCGAGCCAAGGAGGAGGAGCUGACGCUGCUGAGACAGAAGCUACAGAAGUUGGAGAACUCGAGGAGUGAGCUCAGACAGAAUGCAGACUUGCUGGAGAGCAAGAUCACAGACUUGACCUCAGAGCUUGCUGACGAACGCUUCAAAGGAGAUGUGGCCUGCCAGGCGCUGGAGAGUGAGCGGGCAGAGAGGCUUCAGGCCCUCCGAGAGGUUCAGGAACUCAAGACUAAGUAUCAGCAAGUGCAAAAUGCAUUGGGGGAAGUUCAGAAGCAGCUGGAGGAGGCACAGCAGAAGAUCCAGGGGGCCAACCUGGAGGAGAAACCAGCAGGGGGAGCGGACGAGUGGCAGAUGCGUUUGGACUGUGCUCAGAUGGAGAACGAUUUCCUACGCAAGCGCCUUCAACAGUGCGAGGAGAGAUUGGACUCGGAGAUGAAGGCUCGGACAGAGCUGGAACAGAAGCUUGGGGAGCUGCAGAAUGCGUAUGAAGAGGCCAAGAAGAUGGCUUACCAGCUGAAGAGGAAGUGUCACCACCUCACCUGGGACCUGGAGGACACGCGGGUGCUGCUGGAGAACCAGCAGAGUAGGAACCAUGAGUUGGAGAAGAGACAGAAGAAGUUUGACUUGCAGCUGGCCCAGGCACUGGGGGAGUCGAUGUUUGAGAAGAGCCUCAGGGAGAAAGUGAGUCAGGAGAACAAUGGAGUCCGCUGGGAGCUGGGUCAGCUCCAGCAGCAGCUAGAGCAAAAGGAGCAGGAAGCCUCGAAGCUGAAGCAAGAGGUGGAAAGGCUACAGGGCCAGAAACGGGAGCUGCUGAGCUGUGCCUCUGGGGGGGAUCAAGGUGUGGCCAGCCUGAAAGAGAGGGUCUGGGAACUGGAGACCAACGCCCUUGAGCAAGAGAAGAUCCACAGCCAGCAGGAAAAUACUAUCAAGCAGCUGGAGCAGCUUCGCCAGCGGUUUGAGUUGGAGAUUGAGAGGAUGAAGCAGAUGCAUCAGAAAGACCGUGAGGAUCAGGAGGAAGAGCUGGAGGAUGUGCGUCAGUCCUGCCAGAAGCGGCUCCGUCAGCUGGAGAUGCAGUUGGAGCAGGAAUACGAAGAAAAACAGGUGGCUCUCCAUGAGAAGCAUGACCUGGAAGGCUUGAUUGGAACUCUGUGUGACCAGAUUGGCCACCGGGACUUUGACGUAGAAAAGCGUCUCCGCAGAGACCUCAGGAGGACACACGCUCUGUUGUCUGAUGUUCAGCUCCUUCUGGCCACCAUUGAAGACAGCAAGACGUCAAUCAGCAAGGAAGAGCUGGAGAAGGUGCACAGCCAGCUGGAGCUGAGUGAGGCCAAGUGUGAGGACGCAUUGAAGACCCAGAAGGUGCUGACUGCGGACCUGGAGAACAUGCACAGUGAACUGGAAAAUGUGACCCGGAGCAAGAGCCUGGUGGAUGAGCAACUGUACAGGUUGCAGUUUGAGAGAGCAGACCUCCUGAAGCGCAUUGAUGAGGACCAGGGUGACCUGAAUGACCUCAUGCAGAAGCACAAGGACCUCAUUGCACAGUCAGCUGCUGACAUCGGGCAGAUUCAGGAGCUGCAGCUGCAGCUGGAAGAAGCCAAGAAGGAGAAACAGAAGCUGAGAGAGCAGCUGCACAUGGCUCAGCUUCGCAUCCAGUACCUGGAGCAGUCCACCGUGGAGCGCGCCAUCGUCAGCAGGCAGGAAGCCAUCAUCUGUGACCUGGAGAACAAGACCGAAUUCCAGAAGGUGCAGAUAAAAAGAUUUGAGGUGCUGGUCAUCCGGCUUCGAGACAGUAUAAUCAAGAUGGGUGAAGAGUUGUCUCGGGCCGUCAAGGCGGAGGCCCAGCAGCGGGAAAACAGCCAAUAUUAUCAGCAACGCCUGGAGGAGCUGAAGGCAGAGAUGCAGGAGCUGGCCCAGCGGGAGGAGGAAGCCAGCCGGCGCUGCAUGGAACUGGAGAAGUAUGUGGAGGAGCUGGCAACUGUGAGACAAACGCUGCAGACAGACCUGGAGACGUCCAUCCGACGCAUCGCGGACCUGCAGGCAGCCUUGGAAGAGGUGGUGUCAAGUGAUAGUGACACAGAAAGUAUCCAGACGGCAGUGGACUGUAGCAGCCGCAGCGGGAAAGAGGGGGACAAUGUCUCUGUCAUCAGCUCCCAGCCAGAGGGCAGUCUACAGUCCUGGAUGAGCUGUUCCCUGUCCCUGGCCACGGACUCAGUGAGAAUCCCCUCUCGACAGUCAGUGGUCAGCAACUCUUUCCACAGUCCCAGGGUAAGUGAAGAAGCUGGAGAUUCUGAGAGGCUGAGAACAGCAUCUUCGGCUUUGAGCGGAGCCUGGGAUGCUGCCAGAGAUGCCUCGAAGGCCAGUUCUGACUCUCUCCACCCAGUCUUCCCACAAAAGCCCUACCAUUUGGGGAAUGGGGAAGGCUUUGCUGUCCACAGAAAAAGCACCCUGGAGCAUUCAGGCCCCCUGUCCUCGUCUCCCCCUUCCCAGCGCACAGCUGUGUCACCCCCGUCCAGAGACAAGCUGCCCAGCCCGUCAGCGGCCCUCUCAGAGUUUGUGGAAGAGCUCCGCAGGAAGAGAGCCCAGAGAGGCCAGGGUUCCACUCUGCAUCUGGGAGAUGGCCCCGUGCUUCCCAUCUUCCAGACCACCCGGGCUUCCUCACUUAGGAGAGGCAGAGCCAGUAGCGACGAGGGAGACCUCUCACUGAAGACCAGGGUGAAAUCUCCUCUGGGAGCAGAGGGGAUCCCCGGGGCCACAGCCGGUCUCUCCCGGUCCACCAGUCUCAAGUGCAUCUCCUCAGAGGGUCCAGAGGACAUCACCCUACUGCCUGACAAGCAGAAGACACACUUUGGCUCCUGCGAGUCCCUCUUAGAAUCGGGACCCUGCACGAGGAGAAAGUUGAGCUCCCCCACGGGACUCCUGUCACCUACACUUCGUCCCAGGCGGCCGUGUCUGGAGUCCUCCGUGGAUGACGCCAUCUCCUUAGAACUUGGGAAGGAACCUCUGGUCUUCCAGAAUCGACAAUUUUCUCACCUGGUGGAAGAAACUCUGGACAGUGACCCAUUCAGCUGGAAGCUUCCGAGCCUCAACUACAGACGCCAGACCAAAGUGGACUUUGAUGACUUCCUCCCGGCCAUCAGGAAGAGUGAUACUCCUUCAUCCGGGGCUGCCAAAGAUGGGAAGGAAGCUUCGAAGCAUCCGGGAGUCCACUUUGAGAUGGGAGAGGCUGCCGACCGCUCCUUUCUCUCGGGGAUCAAAACCAUUUUGAAGAAGAGCCCAGAGGUCAAGGAGGACCCCGCUCACCUCUCUGACUCUUCUUCCUCCUCCAGCUCCAUCGUGUCCUUCAAAAGUACGGGCGGCACCGGAAGUGGUCCAAGAGUCCCGAGACUCCAAGGUGAUGGCGGGGAGCGGAUGUCCCCCGAGCACAGAGAUCCUGGCUCUGCAAGGAGAGACGAUGACGUGGAAAGCAUAAUGAGGAAGUACCUCCAGCAGUAGGGACCACUGCAGCCUCCCUAGACACAGCUGCUGUCAGAGACUCCCUACUCCAAAGCACUGGAGAGAAAGAGAGAGAGAGAGAGACCAGGCUCCUGGGGCCUGCCAUCCAGAGCCAGACCACAUGGCCACCCUCAAGACAUAGGACAGGCCCAGAGAGACAUGUCCUAGCAGAUCACCAGGCUAUGCAUAUGCUUGGUCUGUAUUCAAUAAAGUUGCCUUC